GACGUCAAUGCGUAGCGUAAGUGUACGUGUAAAAAGAUGGCGGCUGCAGUGGCUGUGCGAGCCCAGGCUGGGGACUCCGCGCGGGGCCGGGUUGCCUUUAGCGGGGCGGUUUAGUGUCAGCGCUCAGUUUAACCCUGGACGCGCCGCCUGAAGUCAUUUUGUCUGGUGUUUAGGUUCAGAAAGCGCAGACAUGGAGGAUGAGGAGCGCCGGAGGAAACUGGAGGCCGGGAAAGCCAAGCUGGCAGAGUACAGACAGAGGAAAGCUCAGAGUGAUGGACAGAAGAAGAAGAAGAAAAAGAAUAAAGGAUCAGAACAGCAAGAAGGAGGGCAGGAAGUGAGUGGCGAGAGAAAGGAAGUACCAGCUACAGAGCUUUCCUUUUCCAGAACACUUCGUAGUGGAGAAACUGUUAAACAUGACCAAAUGUACACAAUAGAGCCGGAGAGUGAAAUUUCCACCACGGCAGAAGAUUACUCCUCUGAGGUGAAUGGUCAUGAGACGGCAGAGAAAUCGCUGGAUGUUGGGGAGGAGGAGCUCUACGCUCCCAGCAGAUUACAGGAGAUGGAGAGCGAACUCGCCGCCAAAAACAUGGUGGUGGAGGAAUUGAGCCGAGAACUAGAAGAAAUCAGAGCUACAUUUGGAGCUGAAGGAGUACAACAGCUCCAGGACUUUGAGGCAGCACUGAAACAGAGAGAUGGCAUCAUCACACAGCUAACGGCGAACCUGCAGCAGGCUCGGGCUGAGAAGGAUGAGGUCAUGCGCGAGUUCCUUGACCUCACUGAAAAAAGCCAGAAGCUACAGAUCCAAUUUCAACAGUUGCAGGCAGGUGAGUCGUUAAGGAGCUCCAGUAUCAGCAGCGCUGCUGCGGAUCUUCUGCAAGCCCGACAACAAGUCCUGCUUUAUCAACAACAGGUGGAUGAGAAAGAUGCAAUGGUCAAAAGUCUCCAUAUGCAGCUAGAGAAGAUUGAUGGAAAGCUCAGAGGUCUCCAAGAGCAGUUAGAGGACAGAAAUGGAAAUAUUAGUAGUCUCCAGAUGCAGCUAGAGGAUAAGGACAAAAAGAUCAAAGGUCUCCAGGAGCAGACAGAGGUGAUGGAUGGAAAGGUCAAAUGUCUUCAGGAGCAGUUACAGGAGAGUGAGGCUAAGGUCAGUGGCUUCCAGGAGCAGACGUCACAGAUGAUGCAGAUCCAGCAAAGGAUGUCCAAACUUGAGAUGGUCUCAAGGGAUACGGAAGAAUCUUUUACCCAGAGACUUCAAGAGAAGGACUUGCGGAUUGAGGAACAGGAAAGGCUAAUGCUAGAACAUCAACAAACAUUAUCCCAGCUCAGAGACAAUCUUCAAGAGUCUGAGAAGUGUUUCAUUAAUGUUAGUGAACAGCUGGAGGCAAAGGUCCGUGACCUAGAGGGCUGUGAAGCUGAACUCCAGGCUUCCAAGGAAAAAGAGCGACUUUCAUCAGCUGAAAUCUUGCAACUGAUGGGCACUGUGGAGGCCCUUCAAAAACGCUGCCAUCAGGGCAGCCAAUCAGAAGGCGAGGUUCUCCAGAGGGCAGAGCAAGAUGCUACACGACGGUUGGACCACCUGAGGGCAGAACUGGACGAGAUGUAUGGACAGCAGAUUGUUGAAAUGAAAAAAGAGCUCCUUGCUCGGCAUACAGAAGAGACGGCAAAUAUCCUCAAUCAGCACUCCACGGAACUGAAAAAUGUCUUGAACCAGCGUCACAUUGAAAUUGAACAAUUAACAUCUCAGUUGACUCAAAGCACAGGAGAGGUCAAUGCCCUGAACGUCAGGGUGAUUGAGCUCCAGCAACGGCUGCAGGAGAUGCAGGUCCUGCGAGAAAAAGCCGAACAUGAUCUCAUACAAACAUCUGAGGAAAAGAUAUUGCUGAAAAACCAGGUGCAGCAGCUCAUUGAGGACUUGCGCUUAAAGGAUCAGGAGAAGAGCCAAACAGAGGUGCAUCUCCAGCUUCAUGCUAUGAUAACUGACCUUCAGGCUCAGCUAGCAUCUGUUCAGGAAGCCUCAAGUGAGCUGGAGGCCAAGCAUGACUCUGAGAUUACCAACUACCAGAUCAAACUAGAGAUGCUGGAAAGGGAGAAGGAUGCAGUACUUGAUCGCAUGGCUGAGUCACAGGAAGCUGAGCUUGAACGCCUCCGCACGCAGCUGCUGUUCAGCCAUGAGGAAGAACUUUCUCGGCUUCGUGAGGACCUUCAGCACGAGAGCCAGAUGAAUGUAGAGAACCUGCGGGAUGAGCUCAACCAACGACACGAGGAGACUGUCCAACAGCUCCGCAAUGUGUAUGAGGAACGGAUGAGGGUGGCUGAGGAUGAGAGGUCAAUUUUGGCAGUAGAAAGAACCUCACUGUUGCAGGAGAUUGUCACAUUGAAAAAUGACCUGAGCCAAACACUGGAGAAAUCUCGCGUGGAGGAGCUGGUCUCACAACUGAAGGACCUGCAGGCAGAGAUUCAGGAGCUAAGAUUGAGACAAAGUGAAAAGGUUGAAGCUGAUGAGGUACUGCGCAAAAAUGAACUGACAAGGGAGUCCGAGGAGAGUUGGGAGGGAAUGGAAUCUGAAAAUAAACUUCUGAGAGAAACAAAUGCAUCCCUGGCAGAAGAACUGAAGUGUCUUGAGGAGGAUCACAAGAUGCUGAUAAAGAAAAUGGACACUCAGAUUUCAGAGAACAAGCAACUGAAUGAGAUGGCUGAAGAGCUAAGAGCUGAAAUUGAGAGGCAGAAAAGCACAUUCUCAUUUGCAGAAAAGAACUUUGAGGUGAACUACCAGGAGCUGAGAGCAGAGCUGGAAGAAAGACUUCGGGAACAAGCGAUGCAGUAUGAAACAAAACUUCAGGGCCUUGAAACACGGCUUCAGAAUCUAAAGUCUGAAAUGGAGCAUGGAUCCAUCCAGAGUAUGAAGGAGGAGGAUGAAGAACCAGAUGGAGGCGCAUUAGUGGAAAAAGACACAACAGAGCUGAUGGAGAAGCUCCAAAGUGUGGAACUGGAGAAGGUGGAGCUAGUGAAACAGGUGAAGCAGAAAGAGUCUGAGAUAAAGGAGAUGAAACUGGAAAGUAUAAAGCUGGGGGACCAGAUUAAAACAAUGAAAAUGGAGUUUAGUGGAAUAGAGCAGGAGAAGACCGAGUUAUUGGAGCAGUUGGAACAAAAAGAAGCAAAGGUCAAGAUGGUGGAGCUAAAGACAGCAGGGCUUCUUGAACAGUUGGAGCAGAAUGAGGUGGAGCAAAAGAAGUUGGAACUAGAAAGAGCAAGGUUGGAAGAACAGACUGAAUUGAAAGAUCUGGAGAUAAAGAGGGUGGAGCUUGAGAAAAUGGGGCUGGUGCAGCAGGUUGACCAGAAGGAGACCGAGCUACAGCAGAAGGAGGCGGAACUUGAAAGGAUGAAGCUGGAGAAGGCAGAGUUGGUGGAACAAGUGGACCAGAAAGCAGUACUGCUACACCAAAAGGAGGCAGAGCUCCAGGAGAUCAAGCUGGAGAAGGCAGAGCUUGUGCAACAGGUAGAUCAGAAAAAGGUAGUUCUACAGCAAAAGGAGGCAGAGCUGCAGAGAAUGAAGCUGGAGAAGGUGGAGAUAAUGCAACAGGUGACCCAGAAAGAGGCAGUGCUACAGAAUGUGACCGAACAGGAGGUAUUAGUGCAACUGGUGGGACAGAAAGAGGUAGUGCAACAGCAAAAGGAGGCAGAGCUGCAGAGGAUGAAGCUGGGGAAGGCGGAGCUCUCAAAGCAGGUUCAAGUAAAGAAGAUUGGUCCUAAGGCACCCAGGAAGGCAAGACAAAAGGCUAGCAGGGUCAAAGGUUUAGAGACAAAACCUGACCCUGAGAAACGGAGUCGGCUCAAGAUUCAAGUUACUGAGGAGGAGUUUCAAGAAGAGGAAGUGUCUAAAACUGAGCAGCUCUUGGCUCUGCCCCUUUCCCAAGCUGCUGCGGAGGAGGAGAGCGUGAGAGAGACGGAUGUCUGUGUUGUGCAUCGUAAUGAUGGCGUGAGGCAGAAAACACAUGCUCGUACUAAGAUCGUUGCUGCUGCAGCGAGACACACUCUCAUACACGCUGACACACACACUCCAACGCACACUCAGCCUGCUGCUGCAGCAACGCACACAGACCGAGAGAACAAGCGGGAGAUCGACUCUGAGAAACAGGUGGAGAGCCAGUAUGAAGAAACGGACUUGGUCCCCAGAGUGACACAGACAGACAGCAUGGAAGGCUUUGAACAUGAGGAAUGCAGGCUGCAAUUGGAGGCUCAGCGUAUCAGCCUCUCUCAGAUUCACGCUGCUCAGUUAGAGCUGCUGAAAGAGAGACUGCCUGAGUGGGAGGAGCCUGGGAAACAAGGCGGGGCUAAAGUCUGCAGCCCCUCACUGAGCUCCAUCACCCAGGACUGCACACACCUGCUCCAGUUGAUUUCUGGUGUGUGUGGAGUCGAGGCUGUGGAUGUGACAGAUGAACACCUGCAGAAUCUCCAACCUUCCACCAUCAGAGAGCUCAAAGACACAGCCCGAGAGGUAUACCGAAAGCUCCAGCAGUUGGAUACGGGUGUUUUAUCUUCACAGACUUGUCUUAGAACAUCACUGAGUGAAGAUGGAAAUGAGACAGUGUGUGAUGAUCACUCAGUCAGAACUGAAGAUGAUGUCCACACCUCCACACUCAACGACCUACAGGAGGAGCUGAAGCCAAAGUUGGAGCUUCAGGAGAAAGUGAAGCCAAAGUUGGAGCUUCAGGAGGACCUGAAGCAGAAGAUGGAGCUUCAGGGGGAGCUGAAGCAGAAGAUGGAGCUUCAGGGGGAGCUCAAGCCAAAGUUGGAGCUUCAGGAGGAGCUGAAGCCAAAGUUGGAGCUAAAAGAGGAAGUGAAGCCAAAGAUAGAGCUUCAGGAGGAGCUGAAGCAGAAGUUGGAGCUAAAGGAGGAAGUGAAGCCAAAGAUGGAGGUUCAGGAGGAGCAGUACAAGCAGGAGAUUCAGCGCCUGACGAAUUACUAUCGUGAGCAGAUCAGACAAACAGAGGAACGCUACACCAGUGAGAUCCUCCUUCUGCAGGACCGACUUCAGGGCAUGACUUCACCAGACACCUUACACAGCAUGCCAAGUAUUUCUGCACACACAGAAGAGCAGGAGCUUCAGAUGCAACAGCGUGAGAUGGAGGAGGAAAUUGCGAGGGUGAUCGUGCAGAUGUCUGUGGAGUUCGCCGUGCAGAGCGAGAUGAACCGCAUCAGCAUGCAGAACGCCAGUGAGGUUCAGCAGGACGAGCGAAGUGAGGAGACACGGGAGGGGGCGGAGCCUGAGCAAGUGAUUCAGGAGGAGAUGGCGAGAAGUGGAAUGGAGCGACGGUACCCCAGCACGCAGUGCAGUAGCACUCAGACAGAAAUGCUGAGGAGAAGUGGAGAGGGGGAUGAGGAGAGAGAGAGGAAGAAGAAGGACGAGCAGUGUGGGGAGGAGGAAUUGACAUCACAGCUGACAUCAGCGCACACACAGGAAAGAGUGCAUCAGGUGUUGACGGACAUGUUAAAGAUGGCUGCUUUAAUGGAGGAGACCCUCAGAGAGCAGCCCUUCACACACCCAGACGUGGCUGAGAUGGACAACUCGAGCUCGUUGUCGGGGGCAACAGACACUGAUGAGGGGCUGGACAUGUCUCAGGAGGCGGGGCUUGCUGUGGAGGGCGUGGGGUCCAGGCUGCAGAAGGCAGUGGAGAAGCUGUGCAUCACUCUGGCUGAGACGCAAACCCAGUUGGAUCACGCUCGGUUAACUCAGACGGAGUUGAUGAAGGAGAAGUUCAGUUAUGACGAACAAAUCGCUGACUUGCUACUCAAACAGGAGGAGCUGCAGCAGAGACUGGAGGAGGAGAGAACAGCUCGAGAGAAGCUCACACUGCAGCUCCAUCAUGCUGAAGGUUUGAUUGACGGGUAUUCGGGUGAGAGGCGGGCUCUGGAGGAGCAGGUGCGUGAGGGGGCGGCACUGCAGCAGCAGCUGGAGGCGGAGCUUCGUGUGACGGGCAGUCGACUUCAGGCACUACAACAGGAAAGACAGGAAGUCAGUGAGCAGCAGGAUCUGUUACUACGGCAACAAGACAUCUUAAUGGGCAGAGCCACAGAGGCAGAGCUGAGCCUAGUUGAGGCUGCAGUUGAUGACGCACCUGAGGCAGGACUUCUGGAGGAGACAGAAAAGCUGAUGCAGGAGAAGGUUGAUGUCCAACGUCAGGCCCAGAAGGAUCAUGCAGAGCUUCUGGACCAGGUGAAGCAGUUGGAGGUGGAGCUUGAAGAGCAGGUGAGAGCCAUGGCCAAGCUGGAGGAGAUUCACCUGUCUGAGAGCACUGACCUCCGGCAGCAAAUCCACGCUCUUGAAAAGCAGCUGGAGAACAACCGGCGCUUCCUGGAUGAGCAGGCUGCAGACAGAGAGCAUGAGCGAGAUGUAUUUCAGCAGGAGAUUCAGAAACUGGAGCAACAGCUAAAGAGCAGCAAUAAGCCUCAGGCUGACCAUAGAGAGGUGGAGGAGCUAAGCGUGGCCCUGCAGGAGAAAUCUGAUUGGUGCAGUGAGCUCUUGCUGCGAGUGGAGCAGCUGCAGAGGGAUGUGCAAGAGCGUGACGAGGAGAUCGAGAGGCAGGAGGAGCGUGUGAGGGUGUUGGAGGAGGUGCUCGUAUCCCACGACAACCGUGACAUCACACCAACCAGGGAGGACAGUAAGCAGUAUGCCUCCAUGGCAGGCGGGGCUGAUGCCACACUGGAGGCUUUACUUCAGACCGAGAGAGAGGCUCUGGACAGGAAAGAAAAAGAGAUUGUGAAUCUGGAGGAACAAUUGGAGCAAUUCAGGGACGAGCUCCAGAACAAGAGUGAGGAGGUUCAGCAGCUCCACAUGCAGCUGGAGAUCCAGAGGAAGGAGAUUAGCACACAGCAGCAGGAUCUUCAGGCUCACACCAACUUACACAUGGUCUUGGAGGAGAAGAACAGACAAAUUGCUCUUCUUAAUGAGCAGAUUGCUAAACUUCAGCUUUCGGAAACUACGAAGCCUGAUGACAAGGAAGUGGAAGUAAAGAAUGCACUGGUGCGUGAACUUGAGUCUCAGGUUGAGCACCUUCGUGGAGAACAGGAUCGGCUCAAACAAGACAGCGAGGAAGAAGUGGAGCAGCUAAACUCUGUAAUUGAGAAACUACAGCAGGAGCUUUCCAAAAUUGAGCACAAACAAUCUGCCAAUGAAGAGAAGGAUGAUGAAGAAGACCAGCAUGAUGAACUAAAACAAAAGAUGGACAAAAUUCAGAGAGAGCUUGACACCCUCAAGGAAGACCAUGCCUCACUUCUCAGCAAAUAUGAAUCCCUGCAAGAGGAAAGAGAGACCAAAGAAGAAAAGCAGAAGGACAAUGAGAUACGAGUUCUUGAACUUGAAGACAUGUUGAGGGAGAAGACUGCAGCGAUAGUGGUGGCCCAAGUUCAGAUUCAAGCUUUGGAGGAAAGUGCCACGUCCACAGUGACCAGUUUAACCCAGCGAGUGGGGGAGCUAGAGAAUUGCCUAGAAGACAGAGAGAUGGAACUGAGUGAUUGUAGAGCAGAGGUGGAUAAAGUGCAAUCUGAAGCAGGAAACCUCCAUCUGAAGAUCUCUCAGCUGGAGGAGAAACUCAAGGAGAAGGUAGCCACUUUGAGCCAGUUGGUCAAUCAAGAGCAUCUUGAAACAAAGGUCCAAACCAAGGAGUCUGACUGUAAGCUACAGAGUGAGACAUUUUUGGAUGACAUUGAGAAAGACAUGGAAUUAAAGCUGGAACAUGGAGAACCCAUUGCUGGGAAUGAGGUGGGAUUAAAGCAGCAGAGUGGGAUAGUACUGGAUCAGGAGAAUGAUGGAAAAGAGUUGGACUCAAUAGUUAUUGCUGGAGAAAAAAUGGAAUCCAAGCAAGGUAGUUCAGAGAUGGAGGUCGAACAGUUUGCGGUAAAUAAAACUGAGAAUGUGGUCCUCCUGAUGGAGAAGUUGAGAAAUCUGGAAUUAGAUCUGAGUUCCAUGGCACAGGACCAAGAAUUGCAAAAACAUCUGCUCGCCAGUUCAGAAGAGGAAGUUGAAGAGUACAAGAAAACACUGACUAAGCUCAUGGAGCUGCUCGACCAAAUAAAAACAUCUACAUCACCUGCAGUGACCUCGAGUGAAUGCGUGACUGAGAUGGAGAAGCUUGUUCAGGACCUGCAGGAGCUCAAAGAGCAAUCAGAGGCUGCUAAGGAAGAGCUGGACAGCUGCAGAAAUCAAAACCAGAAUCUGCAGGAACAGAUACAGCUGAAGGAGAAACUGAUCGAGAAGCUACAGGAGGACAUGCACAAGGUCGAUGAAGCCUCAGAAAGCAGGAGUGAAAACAACUCUACAGUGAUAUCAGCACUUCAUCAGGAGUUAGACGAGGUGAAAGGUCAAGCAGAGGCUGCUAAAGAGGAACUGAACAGCUGUAAAGAACACAGCCAAAGACUUCAGGAACAAAUUCAGGAGCGAGAAAUGACGAUUGCUCUGUUGAAGGAUCAGGUGCACAGGGCAACGGGCGAAGUGGACAGUUCUGAGCUGCUUCAGGAACUUCAGGAGGUCAAACAUGAAGCAGCAGCGACUAAAGAAGAGCUGAACAGCUACAUAGAACAGAGUCUCAAACUGAAGGAGCAGAUUCAGGCUCGAGAUGCAUCUAUAGCCCAGCUGAUGGAGGAACUCCAGCAGCUCCAUACAGCUUUAACCAAAUCAGGAGAAGAGAAAGACUCUGCUUCCUCCAAGAAGAAAACCGGACGAGAUCAUCACGGAAAGGUCAAAGGUGGCAGCACAGCCAAAGACAAGGACAGACAGUCUCUCUCCAGGAAGAACUCCAGUACGCCACCUUUGGGUCCUUCAGCCAACGGCUCUCCGAGCGUGUCCACUGUGGAUACAGGGACACAGGUGGAGGGGGUGGAGCUGGGGGCAGAGCUGGAGGAAGUGAUCAGCGAGUAUACGGAGCGGAUUGGACAGAUCCGGGAGCUACACGCGGCUGAGAUCAUGGACAUGGAGAACAGGCACAUUGCAGAGAGCGAGAGUCUGAAGAAGGAGAACCAGAGGCUGGAGCAGGAGUGUGACACACUCAGAGAUAGCAUUAAUAAACUCCGCCCUGUACAGGUUGUGAGACCAGAUCAUUCCGCGUCCUCCACAUUCAGAGACGGAUACACCAGCGACAGCAGCUCGGAGGUGGGCUUAGAGUUCAGGAGCACACCUGAAGGGGCACGGCCAGAUGACACACAAUUAACUGACAGGAUUAAGGCUCUCCUCAGAGAGGUCCAUCAGGAGGGAAUGCAGGUUCUCUCUCUGUCGGAGCUGAACCUGUGUGACGACUCUGCAGACCGCAGCAGCCUGGUAGCACAGAUCAAACACCUCCAAGCUCAGCUCACACAGCUGCAACAGGACACACACACCACCCAGCAAUGGCACCACACACUGAGCAUGACAGAGAAACAGACAGGCGACAGAGAGACAGAUGAGUCUGAGAGACUGAAGGCCGAGCUGGCGCAGGCCAAACUGGAGCUGAAAACGUCACUGAAAACCCAACACACACACCUGAGAGAGCUCGAAGCACUCAGGUCCGAGGUGUGUGUGAAGGCGUCUGAGCUGGACGCCGCAAGUGACCGCCUGGCAGAGGAGCAGCGGCGGGCGAGAGAGCUGCAGUGGGAGAUGGAGAGAGAGAGGAGCAGGGCUGAUAGGAGGAGAGAGGGAGAGAGGGAGGAGCUGGAGGAUGUGAGACUUGCUCUGGAGGAGGAGAGACAGGUUUCAGCACAGAGAGAAAUAGAAGUCGCUAAAUACAUGGACCUGUCCGCACAGCUGCAGGUCCAGUUAGAAUCUCAGAACUGUCGGUUGAAUGAGCUGAACUCUGACCUUCAGAAGGAGAAAGAACUCAAUGCUGAACUGCUUAAACACACACAAUGCCCCCUACAGGUGGAGGAUGGCAGUCCCACUGUAGCAGACAGUGUGCUCCAAUCUCUGCAGGACCAGCUGAAGGAGAAGCAGGCCAGCAUUGUGGAGCUGAGGGCACAGGCAGAGCAGAGAGUGCUGCAGGAGCUGGAGCAGAAGCAACAGUGGCAGCAUGAGAGAACAAACCUCCAGAGACGUGUAGAUGAGCUCCAGAGUCUGUUGGAGGGAGAGAGGGAGCAAUGGAAGGGCAUGGAGAGAGAGAAAGAAAGGCUGGAGUGCAGAGUGGCUGAGCUGAUGGAGAAGAGCAGCCACAGCGAGCGAAUGGGUGACUGGGUGCUAGAGCAGAAAUCAGACAGAACUGUGCCUUUGGGCUCCACCAGUAUAUCCUUCCAGAACACAGCAGGAGCAAUUGAUAUCAGGGACAUGGACAGCGUUAUUGCAAAGCUACAGCAAAUUGCCAUGAAAAUCAACAGGCCUGCUGUGGAGGGUCCUGACAGAGAGAGUUUUAGCUGGUUACAGAGGAACAUUCAGGACGUUGUGGCAUUCCUGCAGAAAUUCUCCUCAAUACCCCCUGCUGGACCAGAGAGUGCUGCCCUGCUGACUGGAGGUUUCUCCAGUGCGCUAACGGAGCGACUGCUGCGUCAGAAUGCUGAACUAACAGGUUUUGUUAGUCAUCUCACAGAGGAGAAGAAUGAGCUGAGAAAUCAGAUUCUGCGACUGGAAGAGGAGCUGAGGAGACUGCACCACCUAAAGGCCCACAGCUCCCUCAGAUCUGGAUCAGAGGUGCAGGAGGGUGUGUCCGAGGUACAGAGGGAGGUCUGGUUGAGAGAGAAGAGCAGGAUGGAGAAAUCCCUCUGUCAGGCAGAGGCGGAGAUUUCACGUCUCCGGGCGGAGAUUCGCUCUGACACGGUGCGAGACCUCAGCACGCCCGAUGGUGACAGUGCCACGCUGAAGAGGAUUUAUGGAAAAUACCUGCGGGCUGAGAGUUUCCGCAAAGCCCUGAUCUACCAAAAGAAAUAUCUGCUGCUGCUGCUGGGUGGCUUUCAGGAAUGUGAGGAGGCGACGCUCUCACUGAUUGCAGGCAUGGCCGGCCCACAUGUGUACACACACACCAACUUUGUGGAGUGCAUCAGUCACCGGCGCCGUGGAUACACACGCUUCCGCUCUGCUGCCCGUGUCUGCAUUGCUCUCUUCAGGAUGCGUUUUCUGGUUCGAAGAUGGCAGAAGGUAACAGGAGGAUCAAUCACCAUCACCAGGAAUGGUGUAGGACAGAGUCCAGUGAUGGAGAUGAGGAACGACUCUCCCUACAUGCAUCCAUAUGGAGAGAGAAGAGGAACGAAUAGAGGAAGAACAGGACGAGAGUCACCUCACACUGCACACUCCACACAGCACAGGUAUGGAGGGAUGAGUGCAGAUGGAGGAGUGUUGUGUUCUCAUCUCCAGAAUUAUGAUCCAGAUAGAGCGCUGUCUGAUUACAUCACCAGAUUGGAGGCUCUGCAGCGUAGACUGGGGAGUGUGCAGUCAGGAGCUUCCUCAUAUGCUCAGUGGCACUUUGGAAUCAGAAGAUAGAGAUCUGCGGUGAACCUGAAUCCCCCCCCCCCCCCCCCCAAUAAAACACAAAAAAACACUCGGAGACAAAAAUCCACUCAGUUGCCUUUCACACACUGAGCUGCUGUGGUUUUGUAAAUAUAAUUAAUGUGGAUUUACUUUUUGAGGGACCAAACACACACACACACACACACACACACACAGUGGUCUGUACAUUAGGAGUGUUCGUUAUGUUUGUGGUUUAUGGUUAUCCUGUUCUAUGUGUACAUGUGUGGGAAUUCUAAUUUAAGUUAAUUUAUAGAAUGGAUGUGGCGUUCAGGGUGUUUGGGUUUCUCGCUCACUGCUGCUGCUGGACUCGUGAUAACGCAGACACCUUGUGUGUGUCACACAACAUUGUUCACUGCUGAAGGUCACGGGACAAAUGUUUAUCAUUCGAUAAAGAAUGACACGACUGUUUGUGAUUAGUGGUGUGUGUCAGAGAGCUGCAGUGCGUUGUCAGUGUUAUCACACACACACACACACACACUAACUGUUUUGUUAGCUGGCUCUCCAGAAGCGAACACAGAGGACACUUUGUAGAAGACAUAUUUUUGUAAAGGCAGGAGCUUUGACUUUUAUGGGUAUUUUGUCAACACUGAAAUAAAGAUUAAUAUAAUAUUUCAACAGUA